GAAGAAGAAGGGGUUCGGUCGAGCUUACAAGAACAAGAGCAAGAUCUGUCUUUCUCUGACAAUUCAAAACCGAAAUGACGCAGAGCGCAUGACAUCGAUUCAAAUCUCACUCACAUAGACAUAGACAUGGCCACAGAAAGAGAGAGACACGCUUCUUCUUUACCCUCAACAUCACACCAAGACAACGCCCUGUUUCUAGAUAUACUUCACGAGGCUCCUUUAUUCGGUGACCGCAAGUCCAGAAGCAUAUUUGGGAGUGUUUUCUACUGUUUUUGUUUGGCAACUUUUGUCGUGUUGGCCGUGGGAGCUCCAUGGAUUUUUCAUCCUAUACAAUACUUGAUUGCGCCGUUGCUUUGCAGCUGCAAUGUUGCUCUUUUACUAGUCACAGGCAUAUUUCAACAAUAUCUGGUUUAUCAAGUCCAUAAAAUACGCUUGCAGGGUUAUUAUAGUUUCAGCCAGAAAUUGAAGCAUAUUGUUCGCUUACCUUUUGCCAUCACUGCAUAUGGAACUGCUGCAAUGCUACUAAUCAUGGUAUGGAAACCCCACAUCUAUAUUCUUUCCAUCUCAACAAUACUAAGGAUUAUUAUGGUAAUCGAAGCAAUAUGUGCUGGAUCUUUUAUGAGUGUCUAUAUUGGUUAUGUACACCAAUACAAUUCAUUGAAUUCUCAACCUGAUGUUUUAAAGUCAUUAUAUUCUCCACUUCAACCAUCAAGUUCUUUGGAAGGUUUGAGAUAUCAUGAAGGUGGUCGACUCUCUGAUGAGCAAAUGGCUUUGUUGCAAUAUCAGCGUGAAAAUCUUCAUUUCUUGAGUGAGGAGAUUCUGCGAUUGCAAGAGUGCUUAAGUAAAUAUGAACGGUCUAAUGAUGGAAGCACACCCCAGGUUGAUCUCGCCCACAUGUUAGCAGCUCGUGAUCAAGAAUUACGGACACUUACUGCUGAGGUGAAUCAACUGCAAUCUGAGCUAAGGCUUGCUCGGUCUUUGAUAGCAGAGAGGGACUCUGAGAUUCAGAGUGUUCGUGCUACAAACAAUCAGUAUGUAGAAGAGAAUGAAAGACUAAGAGCUAUUUUAGGAGAAUGGAGUACCCGAGCAGCAAAGCUUGAACGAGCAUUGGAGGUCGAGCGAAUGUCAAAUCUUGAAUUGCAGAAGAAGGUUUCAACACUCACAAAUCAAUCAAAUACAUCAGCAGAACCUACUGAACACCGUGGAGCAUAGUCACACUUGUGUUGAAUGUUUCUCAGUUCCAUUCCUCUGCUAGGUUAAAUUGAGAGAGAGAGAGAGAGAGAGAGAGAGAGAGAGAGAGAAGAAGAAGAAGAAGAAGAAGAAGAAGAAGCGUUAAAAGAACUCAGCAUUGACAAGUGAUGGUUGAUUGUAUAUAAAUUUGUUUAUAGAUUGCCCUUUUUUUUCCCUUACUCUGAUAGGAGAAGAAAAUAUAUUCGCGGCAGCCACCUAUAUAGGUGGUGGAAAAAAUCCUCCCAUUUUGUUCUUGAUAUAAAGAGUCCAUAAUGAUUCAUUUCA